AUGAGUGCUCCCGCGACCCACAUGCCCUUCCGCCCUGUGCUCGUGCUGUGGUCCAUCUCACUCAUCUUGGGGAUCGCAGGCGCAUGGGAGCAGAUUGACCCCGCGCUCGUUGGGGUCGGGGCCACCUUUCCAGCGUCGCUAUACUCGACGCUUGCCCAAGUAUACUCUGAGUACGACAGCGUGUGGAGCUACACAUUCACCGGUACGAGCUCUGGUGCAGGCCGAACCGCCCUCAUCUCGGGUGCACCCAACUUGACUUGGGCCGCCUCGGACACCAUUCCGCCAAACACUUCGUUCAUUGGCCCUGGAGGCACCCUUGGACAGCUGGUUCCCAUUCCAUCAGUUAUCGGUGGCAUUGCCGUGGUCUACCACCUCAACAUAACCAACCUUGUUCUUACUCGGCAGAAUGUUGCCGACAUCUUCACGGGAAAAAUCGCUGCCUGGAACGACUCGCGGCUCGUCCAGAAUAACCCUGCGCUGGCGAGUAUCAGCGCGCCGAUCCAGACAAUCGUGCGGAGCGGCUCGUCUGGAACGACUUCCAACUUCCUCUGCGCCCUGGGGUCAUUCGAUCCAACCCUCAACCUCCCCUCCAUGCCUACUUAUCCCCUUUCCUCAUGGGGAUCGGCCAGCCAGCCUUUCUUUGGAACCACAAACACCAUGGUCUCCAAUACCAUCCAAGUGAGCCCGUACACGAUCGGAUACGUGGACUAUUCCGAUGCAUCCAGCACGCUGGCGUCGCUAGGAUCUAGCCAGAGCAUGUACUCGAUUGCUCGCAUUGUGAAUCGGAACGGAGAUGUCGUUAUGCCUUCAAUUGGGGCAUUUCAGACCGCCCUUUCAAUACCGCCGGCCCAGAAUCUGUCGUCGGUGCCGCACUUCUCGGACGACGUUGCAAGCAUUGUGCAAUCGCUCUAUAUCGACUCGAGCGUUCCGGGAGCAUACCCGCUGUUGGCGCCAACAUAUGUGUUUCUGCGCCAGGAUUCGGAUAUUUAUGGCGUCGCCGAGCCAAAGAUUCGAGCGACGCUUCGGUUCAUAUUCUGGAUGAUAUUCGGAGGUACUGAGCUGCUGCCCUCGCCACGACCGACGGCCUCGCCCUCCACCGAAGCCAUCUUCACGCAAAAUCAGUUUGUUCACUUCCAAGACCGCACCCUGCUGGCUUUUGCUUACGACGCCCUCAAACUCGUUACCCAUGGUGGGGUCGCUCUCUUUGAUCCCCGCUCGCCCUGCAACCCAGCCUUUGAUGCAAAUGGCAGCUACGUCAGCGCCAACUCGUGCAAGCACGGGUACUGUGUCGUUGACGGGCCCUUCCAGGAUGCCUCAGUCGCUCAGUGUAUCUGCGACGUGGGCUUCUACAACAACGAGCACACUGACUGCUCCGAGCCUGCCGAGCCCUUCAUGGUGCUCUUCUCGGGGUAUCAUGCAUUCAACUGCGGAGUCAUCGCCCUGCUUUUGGCCGCGGGGCUAUGUAACAGCGCCAUACUAGUCCUCCUGAUUGUGUGGAAGGACAAGCCCGACAUCCGAGCCAUUUCGCCAAACUGCUGCUACAUCAUCGUGGUUGGAUGCCUCCUUGGUCAGGUCGGCGCACUCUUCUAUUCAGCCGAGCCGAGCAGCAUGUCUCUGCGCAUAUACAUGAUAUUCGAGAACAAGCGAAUGCGUAUCUUCAAGACCCCCGACUGGAAACUCAUGCUUGGGACAGCGUUCGUCGUUGCUAUCGAGUUGGUCAUCUGCACCUUCUGGGUUGUCUUUGAGCAGCCAAAGGUUCAGGUGGAAGGCAGUCUCUAUAUUUUGACUUGCAGCACUCCUUCGGGAUCGACGAAUGUACCCGAGGUGCUCCUCUACGUGCUCAACGGAGGCAUUAUGGCAGGAUGCGUCUUUGCGGCCUACCUCACCAAGAAUGCCCAUCGGCGCUUCCAGGAAUCCAAGGCCAUUGGGCUCUGCAGCUAUCUGGUGCUUAUCACCCUUCUAUUGUGUUUGCCCAUCGCCUAUGCGCUCACAAACGAUCCCGAGUCCUAUGCGCUCUAUGCUAUCGGGCGAGCUACUCUGUCGUGCGUGGUGAUUGUGGUCUCGUUGCUGGUGCCGCUGGUGCUCUUCAGCGGUCGCCUCAUCCGCACCCUCUUCAACCAGCAGAGCGAGCUCGAGCCUCGCUCCCAGGUCAGUUCUCCGAAAGCAACCAGCGAAUCUGACCAGGCGAGUCAGGGCAUGGCUGCCACAAACCUCUUUGCCUUUGGCUACGACUGCAGUCUCCGAGGCUUCAAGUUCGGUGGUGCCUGGGUGUCAUCCACGGUGCUGGUCUUCACGAGUCUAGAUCUGAUCGAGUUCCGGGAGCCGAGGAUUGAUGGAUGCGUCCAAGCCAGCUUCCGCUUCUCGUCUUGCCAAUGCAGACCCUGCGAGACGACCAAGGAUCCUGAUUCAGAGCAGGGGGCGACGAGGAGCAUCUGGCUUCGACACAACAAGACUCUCUUCACACUCGAGUUUGUCUCCAAGAGAAGUGCAGAGCUGUUCCUCGAGAAUUAUGCCAGUGCCAGAUCCCGACCAAGCGUCGUUUUGGGCCGACUGCAGCACGAUUCAAUGAUGGCGUCGGACGAUGUGGCGGACAUGGCCACACACAAGCCCGAGGAGACGAUCCUGGCGAGAUUCAGAACCGACAACCGGCCCAUGCCGGGAGCCAGCCCCACCUCCGGUCUAGCCGGCAUCAUCGGUUCGGCCCUUGACUCCUAAGGCGGCGCAUGAUGCGUCCGGCCAUACACUCGCCCGGCUGAAACCAAGACUGGCUGUUCAGACACUCCGUGGGAACUGUCUUGACACGGAGGCCGCCAAAGGCACCGAGUGCCAAAAAUCAGGGACGGAGCAGGACUGACCAAUGCUGCAAAUACAUACUGCAACCACGAUGC